AUGGUUGAAGGGCAAUGUCUUUUCUAUCUAAAAAGAGUAAUAACAGGAAUAUUGUUUCAACGCAGAUCUUAUAUCAACAAGGAUAUUUGUGAGGACGUGAAAAAUAUUGUACUAGAUGAUGGGGAGAGUGACCUAGAGAUAAAUGUGCGGGUAAGUAAACAUUUAAACUAAAUAAAAAUCUCGCACCGUGUAACGGUAUAUGAUUUUCUCGAUCGACAACGAAUCGUUUCACCUGUAAUCAGUUGUCUGUUAAAAUGGUUAUAUCAAAUAAAACUUUACCCUAUCGGCUGUCUUGAACCGGCAGUUACAGUUUAUUUAUCUUUUAUAUCAUGUUUCUGUUAGGACGACGUGUUUUUUGAGCUAUUUUUUGAGCAUUAAGUUGCAUUUCGCCCUACAUUAUUAUUUUACUCUGUCUAACGAUAGUCGAUUUUCCUCGUCAAGGGGAGAGCGUUGGCGUUCACUGAACCGGUUUUAAUCAGACUAUAUGCUCUAGUCUACUCAUUAAGUUGCAUUGCGUCAUAAUGCGGCCUACUUUAUUACUUUCUUACUUUGCGAUUUUAAUCUUAAUGGAAAGCGUAAACAAGACGAGAGAAACGUUAAGUGGUUUCAUUCGACACAUAAAAUCGUCGCAUAAUUAAAAUCCCGGCGAGUCGCCGGAAAUCGCUUCGAGUAAUAUUCAGAAGCAUUAAAUCCAACGAAUUAAAUUCGACGGAAAUUUCGGCGUCUAAAAUAGACCCAAGAUGGAAUACGGUACAAGUAGUAAUUGCAAUUGAAAAAGUCUUGAUAUUUACAUAACAGAAUAUUUUCACUGAUAUUCCCAUCAGUUCUCUUCAGUCCCAACUAAUUAAUUAACUUAAUUAGACAGUAAUUUCUGCGAUUUCCAUUUAUUACUAUAGUUCGCGCAGGGGCAGCGUUAGACGUCUUCGAAGGGAAGGGGGAGGGAAGGAAAUUUUGCCGAGUUAUUCUAGAAUAAAUAUAAUUUUAAAGAUUCAAGCGGUUUCAUAAAGCUAAUAGACACACUGGGCAAAUGUACCUGUUCCAAUGCAACAAAAUUUAUUUCUAGUAAUAGGCGGUUUGAAUAAAGUUUAUUGCUCGCUUUCAAUUGAGUGUCUUGCUUAAAAAAAUUUAAACGAAACUUGAAAUGAAGAGAUUAGCUCCUUUCUUAAAUACGAAGCUAUAUUAGCCUCAUAACUCACCAACUAUGCUAUAUUCUCUUAUUAGAAUAAAAAAAAAGAAAAAAGAAAGAAGAACGAUUCAGAAUUGGCAUCAAAACAAAAAGCUUCUGAAAAAAGUUUAAGCAGUUAUGAAGAAAGCCUUUCUGAGACUGCUAAAAGUUAUGACAGCAUUGGAAUCACACAACGUGAGACGAAAGAUUACAAGUCAGCGUUGGAGUCACAUCAACAUGCUCUUCAAAUCAGAUUAAAACUGUUUGGAGAAGACCAUUCUGACACUGCUCUAAGCUAUAACAACAUUGGAAACACACAAUAUGAGAUGAAAGAUUACCGGUCAGCGUUGGAGUCACAUCAACAUGCUCUUCAAAUCAGAUUGAGACUGUUUGGAGAAGACCAUUCUGACACUGCCCUAAAUUAUAACAACAUUGGAAACACACAAUAUAACAUGAAAGAUUACAAGUCAGCGUUGGAGUCAGAUAAACAUGCUCUUCAAAUCAGAUUAAAACUGUUUGGAAAAGACCAUUCUGACACUGCUCUAAGUUAUAACAACAUUGGAGUUACACAACAUAAGAUGAAAGAUUACAAGUCAGCGUUAGAGUCACAUCGACAUGCUCUUCAAAUCAGAUUAAGACUGUUUGGAGAAGAUCAUUCUGACACUGCUGGAAGUUAUAACUACGUUGGAGUUAUACGACAUGUGACGAAAGAUUACAACUCAGCGUUGGAGUCAUACCAACAUGCUCUUCAAAUCAGAUUAAAACUGUUUGGAAAAGACCAUUCUGACACUGCUCUGAGUUAUCACAACAUUGGAAUCACACAACGUAAAAUGAAAGAUUACAAGUCAGCGUUGGAGUCACAUCAACAUGCUUUUCAAAUCAGAUUAAAACUGUUUGGAAAAGACCAUUUUGACACUGCUCUAAGUUAUUACAACAUUAAAAUCACACAACGUGAGAUGGAAGAUUCCAAGUUAGCGUUGGAGUCACAUCAGCGGAACAUAUUUUCUUUUAGGGAGGCUAAAUUUUUACUGAAAAAGUAGAUUUUGACGUGGAAACAUAAACCGCAAACGGCAUAGCGUGUAGUGAAUUCUCCUACCUUUCAAAAAUUGUUCAAAAUCUACAAAAAUACGGAUAUGCAAUUAUGCAUAGCCAUAGAUCAUUUGUUCUCAUGACUCUAUGA